AGCUGUGAGCAGAGAGAGCAGCCAGAUCCCCUCCAUGCCACUCCAGAGCCGUGUGUGCCACUCGGCCCCUCUCUAUGAGCAUUGAGCAGUAACUGCCUUUUCGUUGUUGGUCUUCGUCGUCGCGGUCGUCGCCUUCUCCGACGAGCUUUUCGACAGGAUGAAGUUAUUCGACUGUGAACACAAUUUUUACGGCAUCAAAACUGCCAUUACACUCGAAGCGACGAACCAGGUCGUCGAGAGGUGCGUCGUGAACCCGAAAGAUAAGGUGGUGCCGUUCUUAACACGCCGAAAACUGCCGGUGCUUGAGCUCGACAACGGAACAUACCUGUUCAACUCGAAUGCCAUAUGCAGAUUUUUAUGGGAAAGGAGUGGAAAAAAUGAGCUCGACUUAUCGGACGAAGAAUGGUGCGAGUGGGAGGCUGUCAAAUUGCAGCCUGCGGUUGUGACCGUGCUCUUGGAAACGUUGCUGCAUGGAAAAGCGGAUAUUGCUGUAAAAGCGUUGUUGAAGAGUCUCUUGAAAUUCCUGGACAGUCACCUGUCGAAACAUUCCACGUUAUCCAGGGGAACGCAGGGCUUUGGAUUCAGCGAUGUGAUUGUGUGGUCUGCACUGUACCCACUUCGUGCUGAGGGUGCCCUCUUUGCUGAGUUAGUAGCACCAUUCAGGCCUCUGGUGUCGUGGUUUGAAAAGCUGGAGAAGAAUGAGUGUUUUGUGACAGGAGCCAGGCACAUUCUCUCCAAGAGUGAUUCUGCUGCCUUCAAAGAAUCUUUAACAUGCCUGACCACAAGUCUGCCCCAAGCACCUUCCUCUAAACCAGCAGCUGCAUCUCCGGUGAAAGUGACAUCUCCGGUGAAGCUGACAUCUCCGGUGAAGCUGACAUCUCCGGUGAAGCUGACAUCUCCAAUGAAGGUGAAAGCGAAAGUUGAGGCCAAUGGUGAAGCCAGUCCAGAAAUAAAGCUAGAAGAAGAAAAAGAGCUGAGUGCUGCUGAGGUUGGAAAAGCCUUUUUGGCCUGGAAUGAUCCAAAGAACCUGGCAAAAGAGCUCAAGAAAAAGCCUUGUCCCAUCCUGCCAAAAAAAGGGGAAAGGAAUGUUUUGAUCACAAGCGCCCUGCCAUAUGUCAACAACGUGCCUCACCUUGGAAACAUUGUGGGCUCCGUGUUAAGUGCGGAUGUCUUUGCAAGGUACUGCAGACUCAGGAAUUGGAACACGCUGUACGUAUGUGGCACUGACGAGUAUGGCACAGCCACGGAAACCAAGGCCCUGGAAAUGGGCAUUACUCCCAGAGAAAUCUGCGACCGUUUCAACAAGCUUCAUGCGGACAUUUACAAGUGGUUCAACAUCUCCUUUGAUCACUUCGGAAGGACCACCACGGAGCAACAGACCAAGAUUGCCCAAGAUAUCUUCUUGAAACUGCACAAGAACCAGUACAUGCGUGAAGAAGUAGUUGAACAGCUCUUCUGCAACCGCUGUGAAAGGUUUCUGGCUGACAGGUUUGUGGAGGGCACCUGCCCCUUCUGUGCAUAUGAGGACGCCCGGGGCGACCAGUGCGACCUCUGCUCCAAACUCAUCAACCCUACCGAGCUUAAGCAAGCACGCUGCAAGCUCUGUAAGGAACCCCCAGUCCUCAAGACGUCCAGACACCUCUUCUUAGACCUGCCCAAGCUGGAGCCGGCCUUUGGGGAGUGGUACAGGAAAAAGACUGAGGGGGACGAGUGGACGCAGACUGCGAAGGUGAUAACGCAUGCCUGGGUCAGAGACGGCCUCAAGCCCCGCUGCAUCACCCGGGACCUCAAGUGGGGCACUCCUGUGCCACUCCACGACUACAAGGACAAGGUGUUCUACGUGUGGUUUGACGCCCCGAUCGGCUACCUGUCCAUCACGGCCAACUACACGCCCGACUGGGAGCUGUGGUGGAAGCAGCCGGACCAGGUGACUCUGUACCAGUUCAUGGCCAAGGACAACGUGCCCUUCCACGGCAUUGUGUUCCCCAUGACCCAGCUGGGCACCCACGAGCACUACACCACCGUCGACCACCUCGUUGCCGUCGAGUAUCUCAAUUACGAAGACUCCAAGUUUUCCAAGAGCCGGGGCAUUGGAGUCUUUGGAAAUGACGCUCAGGACACUGGAAUUCCUGCUGACGUCUGGAGGUUCUAUCUCAUGUACCAGCGUCCUGAACAUCAGGACACCAGUUUCUGUUGGAAUGACCUGCUCAUGAAGAACAACUCGGAACUGCUCAACAACCUGGGCAACUUCAUCAAUCGAGCACUGACCUUCCUCUCAAACAACUUCGGGGGCAUUGUGCCCGAGCUGCAGCUCCUGGAAGAGGACAAGGUGGUCAUUGCCAAGGUGGCAUCACUGGUCGAGCACUACGUCAGCCUCAUGGACAAAGUCAGGCUUCGGGAUUCCAUCCGGUGCAUCCUGAGUGUCAGCAAAGUGGGCAACCAGUACAUCCAGUUCAACAAGCCCUGGGAGCUCGUCAAAGGCACUCCCGCACAGAAGCUGCGUUCAGCGACGGUCAUCGGCCUGUCGGCCAACAUUGCUUGCCUGCUGUCUGGGCUGCUGCAGCCUUUCAUGCCAGAGACCAGCGAAGCCCUGAGGCAUCAGCUCAAUAUCCCCCUGUUCCAGCUGGAGCCACACUUCGCUCCUCUUUUGAAAGCAGGCCACCAAAUCAACAAACCGGUCCCACUCUUCAAGAAGAUAGAGCAAUCCACCCUCGACACAUUGAAGAAGAGGUUCGAAGGAAAGAGUCCAACUCCCGAGAAGAAGGUUGUGAAUGGGACCCAGAAUGGCGAGGUCAACCACGAAAAUGCCAACAAGGCUUCAGGGGACGUUUCCCAGACUCCGGAGGAGCUUGCCCGGUGUGUUCAAAACCAGGGAAACAAGGUGCGGGAGCUCAAGGCGGCCAAGGCAGACAAGGCGACCGUCGAGAAGGAAGUGGCCUGCCUCCUGGAGCUCAAGAAGCAGCUCGCACUGUCCCUGGGACAGGAGCCAGAGGAGCCCAAGCGUCAGCCUCAGAAGAAAAAAAAAUGACUCAAGCUUGCUCUGCGAGAACCAAUACAUUAUUUAUUUCGGCACAUAAAAUAAAACAAGACGACGACGUACA